AUGGCUACAAAACGGGAACAUAACAUACACAUCAAGAAAGCUGUAAUGUUCAAACUCACCCAUCGAGGCUGGCAGCUCAAACAACCUGACUUUGUCAAACGCUUAAUCCGCUCAAAGUUCGAUUAUCCGGAGGUUCAAAAUCCCCUACAGGAGGCGUCAAAUUUCACAAUGAUGGCGGUCAAAGACGCCUACGGACUUCAAGUCGCCCACUGUCUCAAAAAGUGCAACUGCCAGCGCAGGAAGGCUUCUUCACUUAAAUUUGUCAGACACGUCUGGCGUGCCGUGCAUCGAAUUUGGCGCCUGUUUAUGCGACUUGUUGCCGCGCUGCGAGCCUUCGUGGUGCGAGUAGUCUUCAUUGGAAUAACGAUUGCAAUCAUUUGUCUCCUUCCCCUCCUCUUGGACCUCCACAUCGCCACUCAGGCAUACCUGGAUCCCGAAAGCUUUUCAGGGUCUGUCGAGAAGUGGUGA